GAAAAAAUCACUCGAACGUUUACAACAUCGAUUUGUAGGUAUACACUUCUCUCCUAUCCUUUGCAUGACGGUGGCGCCCCUUUUCCCGUUGACUUUAGUCAACAUAUGGAUAAGCGGUUGCGACAUUAUUUUAAAUAAUUUCAUCGAAUAAUUCCGUAUAAUGAUUUAAAGAAGAUUCUAAAGUGAGUAACUGAUUGGUAAAUAAAAGAGAAAUUAUGGCCAACGAUACACUUUGCACACCAACUGAUGAAGAAUUUCUCGAGUUAAAAGAACGAUGCAAGCCGCUCUUUGAUGAGGAUCCUACACAGUACCACGAUGAUGCCUCUCUUUGGAGAUUUCUCAAGGCUUUUAAAACUAGUGAAUUUGCUUAUAAAAUGCUUUUGAAAACGAAUAAAUGGCGGGAGGAAAUGAAAGUUGACGAAUUGAAUAUUACUGAUCCAGAUGUUGAGAAAGAAUUUGCAACUGGAAAAGGUGUAUUACUCAGCCAGAAGGAUAAUUCAGGGAGACCGAUACUUUACAUAUCUGCAAAAAAGCACAACGCAUACGAACGAGAUAUAGAUGCUUCUACAAAAUUUAUAGUCUAUAUGUUAGAGAAGGCUGUUAAAAAAUGUACUCCAGAAUGCGAUAAUUUAUGUAUCGCUUUCGAUCUCAAAGAUUUUUGCAUGUCGAAUAUGGAUUAUCAAUUUGUGAAACAACUCAUCACUGUUUUAGGCAAGUACUAUCCGGAAAGGUUGGGUAUCUGUCUUAUACUCAAUGCCCCAAUGAUAUUUUACGGAUGCUGGGCAAUAAUUAGACCAUGGUUAGUAAAAAUAUUCGCCAAACUGUUUUAUCCCAGGUCUGAAAAUAUAUCCUACUUAUGACGAUUAUAAGGAAAAGUCGAGUCCGAUUUCAAGAACAAAACAUUAAUUAUGCUAACAAAUUUUUUCUCGUUCUGUUUUGCAGGCUUCACGAUGGUACUGUAAGUAAAGUCACUUUCGUAUAUAAUGAAAAGCAAUUAGAAGAAUAUCUUGAUCCAACUUGCUUACCAACAGAAGAUUGAAGAUUGAGCAUUAGCAUAAAGCAACGCCAAGGUAUAGAAAAUUUUAAUCGCUAUUCCUAAGCACAAAAUGCCUUGAGUAUUUCUGGUCGACAAAUGAUACUAAGAAGCCAUUUUAAUGCAUAUCUCUGUACAUAAAUUGAGAAAUAUACAUAUACAUAUAUAUAUAUAUAUAUCUACACCAUAUAGUGUAAAUUUUAAUGCUCUAAAUAUAGAUUCUAGAAAGA